AUGGUUCACGUUGACGAAAUAAUGUCAGUAUUGGAGAAGGCAGGAGUGAAGCUCAAGCUCCGCAAGUGUGAAUUUUUCGUCGAAAAGAUCAAGUACCUGGGCCAUGUCGUUCGGCCAGGUACGUUGGAGGUUGAUGCUGCUCGCAUCGCGGCGUUGGAACAAGUGAAGUACCCUCAAACGCAGACCCAACUCAGAAGCUUCUUGGGACUUUGUAAUGUGUACCGUCGGUUUGUCCCACAUUACGCGAAAAUCGCGCAUCCGCUCAAUCAACUAUUGAAGAAGGGACAACCGGUCCAGUUGGAAGGAUUCGACGAACCAUGUAAGAAAGCUUUUCAUAAUCUUAAGGAGGCCAUCUUGGCACCACCGGUGGUGGCGCUGCCAAAGAAGGACCUUCCAUAUUCGGUGGAUACCGACGCAAGUGAUUAUCAAAUCGGAGCUACAUUAUUUCAACGUAUCCGGAUGCACAACGAAAACCCAUCGGGUUCUUUUCCAGAACGUUGGCUGCAGCCGAGAGGAAUUAUUCUGUAUCAGAGAAGGAAUGUUUGGCGGUUAUUUGGGCCGUCCAAACUCUAA